AUGGCAGCGACCUUGGAACCCAUCAGCACCCGCUCGCCUCUCCCGACGCCAGCCCCUCCGUCCGCCUCGCCUUCCACCACUCCUGCCCAUGCAUACCCAUCCCCCGCGGCUCCGGCUCCGGCUCCGGGUGAGCCGUCCGCUUCCGAGGACGAAGCCCGCAGGGGGCGAUCCAAGCUCCCCGUCUCCGGGCCCGCUCUAGCAGACCACAGCCGCGCCUGCGCCGACCACGCCUCGGCCUCGGCCUCCGCCAGGCCGUCCCGACCACGCCCGCCUUCCAUAGUCAAGCCCCGUGCCAGGGACCCGAGCGGCUCCAAGGCCCGGACCGGCGAAGGCGUGCAGCGCCUCACGGCCGCCGAGAUGCAGGAGCUCACAAGCUCGCCCGACUCGCUGCCCGUCGCUCCCGCGCCCGACCGACGACACUCCGUCGACCAGGGCAGGACCGCUGGUCCGGCUGCCCAAGGCGAGCGGCCCGGGCGGCGGCCGCGAAAUCGCUCCCCAGACAUGAGGCGCCUGGAGAGAAUCCACACGGGCGUGCUGGCCGCCGGAUGCUCCAGCGGGCCGGCAGCGCCUGGCCCCUGGGCGGAUGCCCGUCCGCGGCGUUGCGCGCCGCGAACGGCGUCGACGCCGCCGCCGACGCGCUCAUCGCGCCAUGCGACUGCUGCCUCGAAACCUGCGUUCUCUAGGAGCUACUCGUACCACAUCUCGCCGAGAUCUCCGUUUCCGCCCUCGGGUAGCGACCUCGCUGGUGAUGUGCUCAACGGCUAUCCGCCCUCGUCAGCCGACAGGGUAGGCCCGGCCGCCGAAAGCGCUCACCAGAACCCGGCGGCGGAAGCGAGCCACGAUUGCCCUGGCCCUAUCCCGCCCGCUGAAAGCUUUCGCCAGAACCCGGCGGCGAACGCGAGCCACGAUUACCCCGGCCCCAGCCCGCCGUCGCCUAUACCGUCCAUGAUCCCCCUUCCACCAAUGUCGCUCCCCACGCACCUGCAGCUGGAACUGGCCUCCCAACGGCCUAGCCCGCUGUACAUCCACCAGUCGCGCUCAAACGACGUUCCGUACGAGUCGUACGCGGUCAAGCUGGAGCGGCUGAAGAACGUGCUGCUGGUGCCUCCGUACCUGGAGCGGACGCUCUACUUUGGCGCCUUGGCGUGCCUCGACGCGUGGCUGCACACCUUCACCAUCCUGCCUAUACGCUUCAUCCUGGCCCUCGGAAUCCUGCUCCAGUGGUGGGGUUACCUGGUCACGAAAGAGGUGACGUGGCUCUGCGGAUUCGUGCGGCACGGGCUGGGACGACUGUGGAAGCGCGGACGAGCGAACCACCCCCGGAGACGGAGUGACGCCUCGGCGAAUGACGCACCGCGCACCUCGAGUGGUGCUCGGGAGCCGUCCGCCGCCGCCGCCGCCGCUGCCGCGAAGCUUCCCGAGAGGCCUCGCCACAAGAGGAUGCAGCGCCACGCCGAAGACGCCGGGCUCCCGCCCCCCCACCGGACCCGACAGCCCGGCCCGCAAACCGGCGGCGUGUUCCGUCACCGACGGGCCAAGUCGCUCCCCUCGGCCCUGUCGCCCUUCCACAAGGCCGACCUGCUCCAAGGCGCCGUCAUCGUCUGCAGCUCCGUCGCCCUCAUGACCCUCGACGCCAGCCGCAUGUACCACUUCAUCCGCGCCCAGUCGGCCAUCAAGCUCUACGUCAUCUACAACAUCCUCGAGGUCGGCGACCGGCUGCUCUCCGCCCUCGGCCAGGACAUCCUCGAGUGCCUGUUCAGCAGCGAGACGCUCUCCCGCGACGCCGCCGGCCGCUCCAAGGUCCUGCUCCCGCUCGGCAUGUUCGCCCUGGCCCUCGCGUACAACUGCCUGCACUCGGUCACGCUCUACUACCAGGUCAUCACGCUCAACGUGGCCGUCAACUCGUACUCCAACGCCCUGUUCACGCUGCUCCUGUCCAACCAGUUCGUCGAGAUCAAGAGCACCGUCUUCAAGCGCUUCGACAAGGACGCCCUGUUCCAGCUGACGUGCGCCGACGUCGUGGAGCGCUUCCACCUGUGGGUCAUGCUGCUCAUCAUCGGCAUGCGCAACCUGGUCGAGGUGGGCGCCUUUUCCGUCCCGGGGGCCGGGUUCGACUCGUCGUCGCACGAGGACGGCGCGCCGGCGGUGCCGCUGCACUCGCCGUCGAUCCUGCCGCACAGCUUCACGGCGCUGCCGGCGUGGAUGAGGUCGGGCGAGGCGCUGUCGCCGUUUCUGAUUGUGGUGGGGAGCGAGAUGCUGGUCGACACGGUGAAGCACGCGUACGUGAGCAAGUUUAACAAUCUGAAGCCGACGUUUUACGGGCGGACGCUGGAUAUUCUGUGCAAGGACUACUACACGAAUGCCUUCGCCAUGCCCUCCCUCACCAAGAGGCUCGGCCUCGCCGUCAUCCCCCUUUCCUGCCUCUUCAUCCGCGCCUCCAUACAGACGUACCACAUGUUCCUCUCCACCCACGUCCCCAUGCCCCCCCCGCCGUCCACCCAGACCUCCCUCUCCGACGCGUCCGCCGUGCCCUCGUCGCCCGCCAUGAUCGUCGCCCUCGGCCGCUUCGACGCCCUGCUGCGCGACUCCCUCGGCCGCGCCACCUACGGCUACCCCUACGGGUCGCCGCUCAACUCGCGCCCCUGGUACGCCUGGACGGCGGACGACCUCAUCGCCGCGCUGACCAUGGUCGUCGUCUUCUUCAUCAUCUUCCUGCUGCUGCUGAUCGUCAAGCUGCUCCUGGGCAUGGCGCUGCUGCAGUACGCGCGCAGCAGGUACGCCCGGAUGAAGCAGCACGAGCGGCUGGUCGCCCUGGGCCGCGGGGCGCGCGAGGGCUACGACGCGUCGGGCAGGCGGGUCGGCGGGAGGGGCGACGUCGAGGUCACCGACGACAAGGCGCGGUGGAUCAGGGCCGAUGCGUCGGAGGGGCUGGGCUCCGUCGGGGGCGACGAGGCGGCGCGGGCGGGGAAGAGGCCCGUCGAGGGGGAGUACAUGGGCGUGGCGCGGUACGACAUGGUCGGCAAGCGGAUAUGGUAG